AUGGAAAGCAAAUCAUGUCUAACAAUAAAAUUGCUCAGUAUUACUAAAGGAUUAACGCUGCACAUUGUUGAACCUGACUCUUUGAUUAAUGUACUUCGACAAACUGAGGGUUCUGAUAACAUUUUUAUAUACAAAGGCAUGAAACUUUCCGAUACAUUUAGUUUUCGGUACUAUAAUAUUUCAAAUUGGGACUUAAUAUGUUCAGUCGAUCCUUUCAGGACAGAAUCCAAAAUUAAUAGCAAAUUCGGAGAUGAUUACAUACAGGAAAUUAAAAACGAGAAAUUUAAGUUACUCGAAAGAUAUAUUAAUAAAGUACAUAGCUUCCCACGCUUAUAUCGUAAGAGCGAAUACAAUUUGAGGAAAUUAUCAAACCUGCUUGAUGGUUCUGAUAAAACAAUUGUAGAACAACCAUUUUUGUCUCCACCAAAGCUAGAAUGCCCUUCAUCUUUACCUCUUCCUCGAUUCUGGAAUCUUUAA